CAGUAUGCCAUGCGACAUACCGGUAGUUUCCGAGAUGCCCAUGCGAAACGAAGGUACAGUCAUCAUUCCGUCAAUAACCUAGGAAGCCGGUUAGUGCUGCAAGAAGUAGCGUCUUACAAUUCGUGGUAGAGGACCAAAUCGAAUCCCACUAAGAUGGCCGGGGAAAUGACGGUCCUUGGUUCUGCUAUUUUGACUCUUUUGUUAGCUGGAUACCUAGCCCAACAGUAUUUGCCCAUGCCCACACCAAAAGUAAUUGGCGUUGAUCUUGGUACCACGUACUGUUCUGUUGGUGUGUUCCUUCCUGGCACAGGACAAGUGAAAGUGAUUCCUGAUGAAAAUGGGCACAACAGCAUCCCAAGCAUAGUGUCUUUCACAGAGAAAGAUGUGUAUGUAGGAUAUGAUGGACUAGAGCUGGCCGAUUCAAACCCACAGAACACUGUGUAUGAUGCCAAAAGGUUUAUAGGGAAGAUUUUCACUCCUGAAGAACUGACAUGGGAAAGCAGGAGAUACCCAUUUAAGAUUCUUAAUAAUAAAGGAGCUGCAGAAUUUUCCAUUGCAACAAAUGAGACAUAUAACAUAACACCAGAAUAUAUUGGUUCUCAGCUGCUGCUUAAGUUGAAGAGGAUGUCAGAGGACUACCUUGGCAUGCCUGUUUCCAAGGCAGUAAUUUCAGUACCAGCAGAAUUUGAUGAAAGACAAAGAAAUUAUACAAUAAAGGCAGCUAGCCUUGCAGGACUGGAAAUCCUGCGAGUAAUUAAUGAACCCACAGCUGCAGCUAUGGCAUAUGGUCUCCACAAGGUUGAUGUAUCUAAUGUUUUGGUUGUGGAUCUGGGUGGAGGAACAUUGGAUGUUUCUCUGUUGAACAAGCAAGGAGGGAUGUUUCUGACGCGAGCCAUGGCAGGUAAUAACAUGCUUGGAGGACAGGAUUUCAACCAACGGCUGCUACUCUAUUUGUAUAAUGAAAUCCAUCAGAUGUAUGGCUCAGUGCCCACCAAAAAGGAAGAAAUACAUAGACUUAGGCAAGCUGUAGAAGCUGUCAAACUGAACUUGACAAUUCACAAUUUUUCUACUAUCAGAGUUCCUCUCACCAUGCAAAAGAAGAACCACCAUGAACAUUUGCAGGAAGAGAAACAAGCAUAUAGCAAACAAGAUGAAGAUUUCUCCGAAGAUGACCAUUCAGUGAAAGAUAAUAUGAGGGAAAGAGAAACACUGAGCAGCACUUCAAAACAAAUUCUCUUUGAAACACAAGUUUCACGGAAACUGUUUGAGACUUUAAAUGAGGACCUUUUUGAGAAGAUCCUUGUGCCUAUUGAGCAGGUAUUGAAAGAAGGACAUCUAGACAAGUCAGAAGUAGAUGAGAUUGUAUUAGUUGGAGGGUCUACCCGUAUUCCAAGGAUACGAAAAGUUAUUACAGAAUUCUUUGGGAAGGAACCCAACACCUCUGUUGACCCGGACUUAGCAGUGGUAAUAGGAGUGGCUAUCCAGGCAGGAAUUGUUGGGGGAUCCUGGCCUCUCCAAGUUAGUGCUGUAGAAAUUCCAAACAGACAUUUACGAAAGACAAAUUUCAAUUGAGUGUCAGUGUUCUUACAUUCUGUUCUUUUGAGUUCUAUAACUUAAUCCCUUUUGCAUGUUUCUGUAGUAUUUCAGUAUACACUGGGUUGCAUCCUACGGAUCUGUCCCACUAAGUGGUGCCUUUCUCCAGUGCAAGGAGCCUUUUCCUGCUGCAACAGUCUUUUCUAGGAAAGCACCAUUAGUCAUGUAGCAGAACCUUAGGAUCCAACCUAUUACUGUUUUUCUUCUCGUCUUCAAGAAUUGGACACUAAAAAAUUGGUUUGGAUAUCUUCAGGUUUACCUGAGCUGCAAGAGAACAUAGUCGCCCCCCCAAAUGUUGAUAAUCAACAGGACCUCAAAGACUUUGUUACUUGAAAAUGGAAUGACGUCCUGGAGUAAUGACUGAAAUAGUGUUGAAAAUGAAUCCUGGUGUUCCCCAGGAGAUGGUAUUGACUGUGAGCUGGUCUGGUGUGUAGCAGUAUUAAUGCAGAUAGCGCAACUAAAGUUCAUCAUAUACAGCAUUUAAAAGCACUUUUCUGAAGAUUGUGCAAAAGCUUAAAUAUACUUUCUAUAGAAGCACUUUGCUGAGAACUGAUUUGUAAAAACCACCCCAAAAAUCUCAGUUGUGUGGAACAAUAUCACUGUUUCUCACUUAGUAUGUUUAACAGUAUGUGCUAUACAGAGACACUUGAAGCACCCCUUUGUUAGAGACAGUAAUAGUCUAUGGGUUUUCCUACGUAAGUGUUGCCGCCAGUUGUAUGUGUUCUGAUUAUAAGCUGGAAACUGCAGACGUAUGACAAUAUAAAGUUUGCCUGAGCUGUUGGCUUUCAGUUUUGAUGAGUGAAUUCUACUGAAUCUCUCUUUUUUUUUACCUUUUUCUGAAAAGUUGCAGUCCAAAGAGCAGAUAAUGUAACCAUUCCAUAAAACCUGAAACAGCAAUUCAACCUAGGCUUUUGUAGAAAGUAUUGAAAAAUAUUUCCAGGACUCCUGAAAUUUUUAAUAAUGCUGGUAUUUUUUAAAUACUGUUGUUAGCUUUUGAAGUAAAUAUUUCACUGCUAACUGCUUAAUUUAGUUUGCAAUGAAAGGGUUAGAGAUUGAUCCUAUCUCCUAACAUGUCAAAGUCCACACAGUGUUAUGCUGUGAACGCAAGCAAUAUUAUGUAUUUCUGGACAUUCAGUCACCAGGACAAAAUAUUACAUAAACUAAAGCAAUCUGAGAUACAACUGCCAGUGAAUUUCCCAAGUCACUGUGGCUGAAAAAUGUGCUAGAAUAAAAUAGUUGCAAGCA